AUGGGCUCACACAUAGAAACCCGCGUUGCAAUCGUCACCGGCGCCACUUCUGGCAUGGGAAUUGACCUUGUCAAGGACCUCUGCGCAAAAGGAUGGAGAGUCGCCUGUGUGGGCAGACGCCGAAAGGCCGGCGAGGCCCUCCUCAAGGAUCUCCCACAAGAAAGAGCCCGCUUCUAUCCCGCAGAUGUCUCAAACUAUGCACAGCUGGCAGAGGUGUUUCGCACCGUGUAUCAGCUCUGGGGGCACAUUGAUGCGGUAUGCGCCAACGCCGGCAUUGUCGACACCUCCUCCGUCUAUAUUUACGACUCCAAGAAGAAGGGCGUCGACGACAUCCCAGCACCCCCCGACCUCUCGGUUGUGGAUAUCAACUACAAGGGCGUGGUGUACGGGACACAAUUGGCCAUCCACUUCAUGCGCCAUAACCCGCAGCCGGGGGUCGCAUUGUUGUCACAGGGAGCAUUGGCGGCCUAUCCCGUAUACUGCGGCACCAAGGCUUCAGUCAACCAUUUCAUCCGCGGUGUCGCACCUUUGCUGAAGCAGAAAGAAAACAUUCUGAUUAACUGUGUCAUGCCGGGGAUUGUGAACACACCAAUUGUCCCGCCAGAGAUGAUAGCAGCCGUCACGCCGGAAUGUCUCACCCCUGUGCAGACCAUUCUCGACGCCUAUGAAACCUUCUUGGAAGAUGCCACCGGCAUGACCGGCCAGCUAUUAGAAUGCUCAGCCGAGAAACUGAUCUACUGUCCAAUGCCCGAGCCUGGAAAUGGCCAUAUCACCCGGCGGGCUACAACAGUGUGGGAGCCUUUGUUCCGCAUGAUGCACGGCGAGGACUCCAACCUGUCAGAGGCGAUCCCAUAA